AACAAAAUUACUCUCAGAAGAUGCUCACUUUUUGGACGCCCUUCUCGUACAAGUGGGAAACACUCAAAAAAAUCUGGCUCUCGGUGCACUUUAAGCAGCAGGUCACCCAGGCCCAUGUCAUUGAAUGUGAUUUGGAUGGAGCAAUAGAAGAUAUCAUAUCUUCCCCACAGACACUUGGUUUGCGGCUCUGUGGAUCUUUGCUCCUUGGCGUGGCUCAGAUCUUUUCCAGAAAAGCAAACUAUCUCCUUACAGACUGCAGUCAUGCUUUGGAUAAACUCAAACUGUCAUUCCGGCCAGACGCUCCAUAUGGGACAAACAGUUUGUCUUGUGAAGGGUUUGAGGCCGCAGUAAAAGAAAUCCCUUUGAGUGAAGAUUUUUCUCUCUUGUCUGACCCAAGUGACUUUAAUAUGGAUAUGGAUAUCUUCUCGCAAAACCAAAGCCAUCCAGAUGAAAUCACCCUGAAGGAAUAUUCAGAUAUGUCCCAGUGCAACAUUGGUCAGUUGGCUAUGGACUUUCAGAGUCUGGGUCAUCCACAAGACUUGUUUGGAGAUGAGGGCGCCAGAUUGGAGAUGUGUCUUGACUUUCUGACAUACAGCGGCACUCAUUCAGAUUUUACUGACUCCACCCCAUUAGAAAUUCUCAAUGAUAUACCUCACGAAUAUUCACUCAACCACCAGCAUGAUGGAAAGAGAAGAGACCAUGCCGAGAAAGAAAAGUCCCUCGAUCAGUCACCAAAAGAGCAGACAACCUUUGCCCUUCUGCCUGUGCCUGACACUUGUAGCAGAAAAAAGAAGAGAGGACGGAGGAAGCGCAUGUUGAUUGUGGACCAAAUGACAAUUCUGACGGACAAGGCCAUGCGGAUGCAGCUUAGUGACGACUCUGAUCUGGUUGUCAGCCUGAUCAUGGCUCCCCCCACUCGGCAGCUCAUGUACUGGAAAGAAAGCGGAACUGCAGUCAAUUUGCUGAUGCAGCCGUGCUCUGGUGUUAUCGGGUCAGAGAUUAAGGAGGCUUUUCCAAAGGAUGUUAUCCAGGUGACAUAUGAGGAGGAAGAGGCGGUCAUGCGGCAAGAUGACCAUGAAGCUGACAGAAACAUGAGUCCACUCAGCAUAGAAAGCCUUGAGGAUUCCUCGACAGAAGACAAGCACACAGACGUUAUAUAUUCCAGCAACAACCUCAGUGACUUGGAGCUCAAGCAAGACGAACACAGAUCGGACGCAGGUCAUCCAAAGCUUCCAUCAGAGGACUCCAUGUUUGUACAUCAGUCUCAAAUGGAGCAGCAUAGUCAGUCUUUGCUGGGCAGCCAAAAUUUUGGCGAGAAGCAGGCGGUGUACCAACAGGCACACAUGCUCCUGAAAUCUCUACAAUGGCGUGAGGACACGUCGUUCUGCCUGAGGGACCUCUGCUCAGGAAACACCCGCAUGCAGGUGGCUAGAACGUUCCAUUGUUUCCUUGUGCUUCAGAAGGAAGGGGCUGUGAGUCUGCACCAGAGUGAGCCAUACCAGGACAUCUUUGUCACCCCCGGUCCUGCAUUCUUCUUGCUGGAAAAUGCCAAGACAGACGACGUUUAAGAAGGCAAGUUGUUGCAAGAAAACAGUAUUUAUUUUUAUCCAUUCCAGAGCAACUUAAAUUUCAAGUGAAACCCAAUUUUAAUUAACUGUUGAAAACAGAACUUUCGUAUGGGUAAAAUCUUUAUUGACAUUUGUUACUACUGGUGCUUGAAAAUGCUGCUGUUGAACAGCGAUCAAAAAUUGUAUCCAACUGUAAAUUAUGAUUAUUCAUUAAAUUAUUAAGACAUGA